CUCGCCGUCGUCCGGCUGCGGGUACUCGCUAGUUGAGGUGAUGGCGACUGGGACGCCGGAUUCGCAAGCCCGAUUUGGUCAGUCGGUGAAGGGGCUUCUCACGGAGAAGGUGAACACCUGUGGCACCGACGUAAUCGCGCUCACCAAGCAGGUGCUGAAAGGCUCGCGGAGCUCCGAGCUGCUGGGGCAGGCAGCUCGAAACAUGGUACUACAGGAAGAUGCCAUCUUACACUCGGAAGAUAGUUUAAGGAAGAUGGCAAUAAUAACAACACACCUUCAGUACCAGCAAGAAGCUAUUCAGAAGAAUGUUGAGCAGUCGCCUGACCUGCAGGACCAGUUGAGUCACUUACUGAAGUAGCAUGUCAGAAUGGUAGCUGACUUCUUUGCCUGAUGCUAAGGAGGGCCUGUCCUACACAAUCAUCAGACCGUGGCCUUGGUCUCCAUCUUCAUCCCCAGAAAAUCAUCUAGAAAAGACUUGUGAAGCCGGGCGUGGUGGGGCACACCUUUAAUCCCAGCACUCGGGAGGCAGAGGCAGGCGAAUUUCUGAGUUCGAGGCCAGCCUGGUCUACAAAGUGAGUUCCAGGACAGCCAGAGCU